AUGGUCUUCUCUGGCAAGCCUUCGCGAGCAUGCGAACCCUGUCGAGAGAAGCGCAGAAAGUGUGAUCUCAAAAAGCCCUCUUGUUCAACAUGCAUGCGGAUGAAAAUCUCCUGUUUUGGGUAUCGUGACGUUCACUCAGUCAAGAUCAAAGACCAAACCUCAGCCGUCAUACGGAAAGUACAGCGCCAGAGAUGUGUUAAUACCAAAGCAAGCCCCGAUUCCUACAGCUCAUCCAGCGAUUGCAGCUCCCCGGAUCAGUCGAUUCAGCGCAAUGACUUGGAGGUAGACUGUCUCCGGAUCUCAAGUCCUCCGGAAGAACUUGCACUUGGAUACUUCCUUUUUGUCUUCACCCGAUCCGGCCCAUUCUCAUACCUUCAUCAACACACAACUGCUCUCGCUAUAGACGAUGAUAUCAUACAGGCCAUUCACGCCCCGGCCCUUGCAUCCCUAGCUCUCGAACAUCGGCGCGGUGAUCUAUUACGUGCAGCACGUUACCACUACUCCAAAGCAUUGACUCGGACAAACCAAGAUCUAAGCGAUCCACGAGUAGCCAUGCUCGACAAGACCCUUCUCCGUGUAUUGUUGCUCUCAACUUUCGAAGGAUUGGUGUUCGAAGGCCGAGGCUCAACGAAAAACUGGGAACUCCACGUGCAAGGUUCACUAAGACUUUUGGUGAUGCGAGGAAGGCAACAGUUUCAGACUGAAUUUGGGUGCAGACUGUUUCACCAUACCGCCAUCAACGUGCUGACAAAUUGCAUAAUGCAAUCGAGCCCGAUAGCAGACGACUUCUUGCAACUCUACGACUAUGCCGUUUCUGGCCAGUCGGGACUCGAUGAAUCCAGGACUCGCAUGAUCGAAUUCGUUUGUCAGUUCGCCAGAAUGUGUGAUGCCAGAAAAAGCAUUUUGGCGACGGAAUUCGUGAGAAAGUGCAUGGAACUUGACCAAAAAGCUGCCAGGUUUAACGAUAUAUUCUUCAAAGAAUUGCCGUAUGAGGUUAUCGAUGUUACCUCCGAUGAAUACCGACAGAAUGCUCCUGGCCCGGAGAUCUGCCCUUACAAAGAUACUGUGCACAGAUAUCAGUCUCAACAGUCAGCUCGUGUUUACAACACAUCUAGACUCGUGCGAUUGACAGUCAAAGAGUGGAUGUACAGCAUCUUCGAUGGGAAUCCCCAUCGAGUCAUCCUCAAUGAACCCGACGACGAUGAUCCGCUCAAAGCCAUCUGGAGCCAGCUUCCCAUCAAGGCCGCAUUGCAGGCCAGCGAUGUAAUUGAUGAAAUGCUAGCUAGUAUCCCGUACUCACUAGAGCUGCUGAACACACCGUUCCGAACGGCUUCGCGAUAUGUGGUCUGGCCACUCACGAUCGCUGCAGGAUCUGAAGUUUGCCCUCCGCCUGCGAGGCUGUACAUCAUCGAUCGGCUGAAGGAGGUGGCUGUCAAAGCAAACCUUGACCAGGCUAUGCAGGCAGCGAAUAUGUUGGAGGAUAGAGUGCCGUUAGAGGACUGGAUGCAUCUUCUUCAUCUCUCGUGA